UCUGGUAUUCUACACAGAAAGAACACUUUUGUGGUUAGAGGCUUUCAAGCAGUUCUAUCAGCGAAAAAGUAUGAAAACAACAACAACACGGAUCAAACAUGGAACUAAAAUAACCGUAUUAAAUCAUGUGACAGUGGAAAUUGGUGAUUCAGGCAUUAUCACUGUCUUUGGAGAAGAACUACAGGAUUGGAAGGACAAUGAUUUUGAUUUGAUCAAAGGUACAUUAAUUUCAUUGAAACAAACUCCUAUCUCUGACUCAUACUCUACAUCUCUGCCAUCUACAUCAACACCAUGUAGUACAUCACCAGCACAGACGCAAGAGGAUAUUUUCAUUAGCCAGUCUAAGGAAAUAGACAUUGGUGAGGACAGCAUUAUUUUCUUCUUGGGUAAUGAUACUAUACCCAACACUCAAACUGACACUGAUGAUCCCAUCCCAGAACCUUUAUCUCAGUCCCUUAUACAGCCUACUGUUAUUCCAGAAACUCAGCCAGAUAUCAAAGAACCACUUCCUCAGAAUGAACCACAACCAGCAACAGUCAAAUUGUCAAAUAAAUCUCCUACUCAGACAGAAUCUACUUCAAAACCUGAAAACACGGGCAUAACACAAGAGUUACAAAGUGAAAACAAAAAACUUAGGACGAGGAUUAUAUCUCUUGAAAAGAGACUUGAGGAGAAGUCUGUGGAACAUAGUCGACAAAUAAUUCAGCUGAAUGCCAAGUUGCAGGAUCUGCACUAUAGGCUUGAAGCAGCUGACAAGAAGAGUGAAGAUGACAUCAAGAUGGCAAAACAACUUCAUGAGCAAGAGAUGAGAGAUAUAGCAACUAAGCUAGAAUGCUAUGAGUUAAAUGAGAAGUGGCAAAUUACGACAAUACAGGGGUUAAAAGCAGAUCUUGCAACCCAACACAGAAAAAAUGUCGCUCUUAUAGAGAGAUUUCAACAGAUGGGUUGUCAUGAUUUCAAUCAGUCACUCCCACAAUCAAUGACACCCCCAACAGUUAUUCCAAAGGGACGACCAACUUCAAAGACCAGGACUUCCAAGACCUCUGUCACUAAGAAUACCUCAUUGCCUGUCAUAAAUACACCCCCAAACUCUGCUUCAAAGGGAUUACCCACCCAUGACAAACAAGGUAUCUCACCAACUACCAACAAGAGACCCUCUAACAAAGCAGCUAAAGUUGCUCCAAAGAACCCCCCUAAGCCAACACCAAGGGAAUUCAACAAUGGUCACAAGCAGCUCCCUACUUCUGUCCAUAUAAUGUACUCUUCAAAUGGGAAGAAAUUGGCGGGUAUUAUGAAUGCUAGAUCAAAAGGGAAAAGCAUGAAAGUGACUUCAUCAGUAUAUAGUGGUGCUAACAUUGAAUAUGCAACCCGAGUCAUACAACAAGGUGACAUAGGUAGAUCAACAGAUCACAAAUUCCUCGGUUUUGGAACAAACAAUGUAAAAGAUGACUCUGCACAAACCAUUAUUUAUGAGUUAAAAAACCUUGCAAUGACAGCCAAAAACCAGCAUCCAACUUCUAAAAUAACCUUGUGUGGACUGCAUCACCGGGGAGAUCAUGCCAAACCACAAGAAGUCAAACAAAUGAAUAUCAAAAUUGACCAUGUCAAUGGAGAGAUGGAGUCUUUUGCCAUGAAAAAAGGCUUCCAUUUCAUUAAUAUCAACAGAAUAAAUGAUUCAACAUCACAGAACCCCAACAUGAACAUACUUUUUAAUGACAAACUCCACUUUAAUCACACUGGAAGAACUCGGUUGGUAGAUGCGAUGUUGUCUAUCAUUAAUUCAACACACAACUCCUAUGCAGAUGCAGCAAGAAUUGGAAACCCUCACUACACUCGAACUGGGCUCAAGUUAUAA